AUGUCUUCACGCAAGAGAAAUAAUACAGCAUCCAAAACUGAAACAGUAUUAAACAUUGAUUUAACAAAUAAAAAUACUGAUUUGAAACCAUUUCCUCAUCCAUUUUAUGAAGGUGAAUAUGGUGCAGGAUGUGAUCCUAAAACAUUAGUUG